CCCGACUCGAGAGCUCCCCGCCCGACAUUACCCCCUUCCUCACCCCGCGGAGAAGCUACAACACCCACAAUGCUUCUUCUUGACUAUCAGAACGUUCUCAUUGAGUCCCUACUGAGGGACCGCGUCAAUGGAGGAGCUCCCGCCAACAUUGACCAGGUCGUCUCCGACUUUGACGGCGUCACCUUCCACAUCUCAACCCCAGAGACCAAGACCAAGAUCCUGGUGUCGCUGCACAUCAAAUGCUUCAAGGAACUCGUCCAAUACGGUGCACAGGCUGUCCUCGAGCGCGAGUAUGGGCCGUUCAUUGUUGAGCCAGAGUCUGGAUAUGACUUCUCUGUCCUAGUAGAUUUGGAGAAUUUGCCAGAGGACCAAGAGGCCAAGGAUGACCUGGUCCGCCGCGUAGCCCUCCUCAAGCGAAACGCCAUGGCUGCACCCUUCGAACAGGCUUUCGACGAGUUCCACCAGCUCCAAGAGGAAGCCUCCAAGUACACAUCCGAGUCGGCGCCCCAAGGUGUGGCAGAGGGCGGUGAUGUACGCGCCAUCCACUACCGAGAAGAGGAAGCCAUAUACGUCAAGGCUAGCCACGACCGUGUGACUGUUAUUUUCUCAACCGUGUUCCGGGAAGAGACGGAUAGGAUAUUUGGAAAGGUUUUCCUUCAAGAGUUUGUCGAUGCCAGGCGAAGGGCUAUCCAAAACGCUCCUCAAGUGCUGUUCAGGAAUGACCCACCUCUUGAGCUACAAGGCAUUCCCGGAGUCGACACAUCCGGAUCUGCUGAUAUUGGCUAUAUUACCUUUGUGCUUUUCCCUCGCCAUCUCACAAACCAACGACGAGCCGAUGUCAUCUCACACAUCCAGACGUUCCGUGACUACUUCCACUACCACAUCAAGGCCUCCAAGGCUUUUAUUCAUUCAAGAAUGCGCAAGAGGACUGCCGACUUCCUCCAAGUUCUCCGCAGAGCUCGGCCCGAGGUAGAAGAGAAGGAGCGCAAGACGGCCAGCGGUCGUACGUUCAAGGUUCAAGCAUAGAACAGAUGAGAAAGCAGGCUACAAUUGUAACAUGACAUAUACAAUCCAGCAUUUGCCCGUCAUUGUCUGAUACAAAGCAUGCUUAUGUACAAAGUUGCGGAGAAUGCGUUGAAAUGGCCAGACAAUGUACUGCACCACAAAAGUAGGACUUGGUAAUUUACAUGUUGAUGACACAAACGCACGAAAAUGCCAAUUCACCAAGCCAUAACAUA